AUGCGGCUCACAAGAAAUGCAGAGCUCUUCACAUUAUUGGCUUUUUGUCAUGCUGUGUAUGCUGCUCUAUACACAGAUUCAGAUCAUCUGCCAGCUACAAUAUUCGACUUCGUCAUCGUAGGAGGAGGAACUGCAGGCUGUGUCGUCGCUUCCCGGCUUAUGGAGAACCCUGAUGUUUCUGUCCUGGUCGUCGAGGCCGGUAUAUCAAAUAAUGGCAUUCUUGGGAUUCAAAUCCCGUUUCUCGCGUCUCAGAACCUCGGAAAUGCAUCCUUCCUAUGGAACUUCGUGACAGCACCACAGCCAGGGCUCGAUAACCGCACAGUCUCAUAUGCAAGAGGACGCAUACUCGGAGGCAGCAGCUCCGUUAAUUAUCUUGUGUAUACGCGAGGGGCGGGCCAGGAAUACGACAAAUGGGCAGAAAUUACGGGUGACCAAGGCUGGUCAUGGGAUAAUCUCUCUAAGUACUAUCUGAAGAGUUCGCGCCUAGUCCCGCCUGCAGAUCACCACAACACUACUGGUCAAGUUGAGCCCUCGGCGCACGGUUUUGGUCCGGUCGAAGUCAGUGUCUCCGGGUUUCCGACUGAGAUCGACGGCCGUGUCGUCAACACAAGCAAGAUCCCUGGUAGCGAGUUUCCAUUCAACGCCGAUCUCAACUUUGGGGAUUAUCUCGGUGUUUCAUAUCUCCAGGCCACUGUCGGCCGUGGGCAGCGUAGCAGCGCUGCGACUGCGUAUCUCGAUCCCGUACUUAGUAGAAAGAAUCUUCACGUCCUGAUCAACAAUACCGUAACUCGCCUCAUUUCAUCCGGGAGUUCUUAUGGCAAACCGUCCUUCAAGGCAGCAGAGUUUGCGCCAGAUGCUUCAGGUGCGGGCCUGCCGUUAAGUGCUGGACUGGUGUUGACAUUACAACCAGCCAAGCGAGGUUACAUCGGGACCCCACAGAUUUUGAUGCUCUCCGGUGUCGGUGAUAGAGAGGUCCUAACUGCUGCCGGCAUCAAGCCGGUGGUGGAUCUGCCCGAUGUUGGACAACAUCUCCGUGAUCAGCCGAGGGUAGAGAAUUACUGGACCGUCGCAUCUAACAUGACGUCCGACACGAUUAGCCGCAACCCCGACAUCUUCAAUGCUGAUCACACCCUCUGGAAGAAAAAUCAUAGUGGUCAGUUCGCGGCCUCUACCGCAAAUACAACCGGGUUCUUCAGGAUCCCCAACGACGACCCUAUUUGGAAUAAUGUUAGCGAUCCUGAGCUAGAUCCGAACAUUGCACAUUUCGAGCUGAUUUUUGAUGAUGGCUUCAGUCCGACUGUAGAUCCGCUGCCCCCAACUGGCAACUAUCUCAGCAUCAAUACCGUACUCGUCUCACCAACUUCAGUGGGGUCUGUGCGGCUGGCAUCGUCGGACCCCUUCGCGUCCCCGCUGAUUAACCCGGGUUUCUUGACCACCGAGUUCGACAACUUUGCCCUGCUCGCGGCGACCAAGGCUGCGCGGCGCUUCGUAGAGGCCAGGUUCUGGGAAGGCUUUAUUAUUGAACGUUUCGGCUCCAUGGGCAGUGCAGAGUCUGAUGAAGAGAUCUUGGCUGCCAUCCGCCAGGCGGUUGUCACGAUAUAUCAUGCAGCGUGUACGGCUCGCAUGUUGCCCGCAAAUGCCUCGUGGGGAGUCGUUGACCUGCAGCUACGCGCGAAGGGCGUCAGCGGUUUGAGGGUGGUAGAUGCGUCCGUGAUGCCUGUCAUACCUGCUGAACAUCCGGUCGCUGCUGUGUAUGUUGUCGCUGAGCGUGCCGCAGACCUCAUAAAAGGCUCUUGGUCAUGA